AUGAACAUUAACUCCAAGGUUGUCUUUGUGGGCAAUAUCCCAUACGAACAGACCGAGGAGCAGUUGACGGAAAUCUUUAGCGAGGUCGGACCUGUCGUCUCCUUCAGACUGGUGUUUGAUCGCGAUACAGGAAAGCCGCGAGGUUAUGGGUUCUGCGAGUUCCACGACGAAAGAACCGCAGCAUCGGCCGUCAGGAACUUGAACGGAAGAGAUAUCGGGAACAGAUCAUUAAAGGUCGAUUUCGCUGAUACCGAUCCAGCAAAGGAGGAGGGCGCCUUCAUGAGACCCCUGGGACCUGGCACAGCUGGACCUCCACCCCCAGGACCACCACCCGGCAUGCCACCACACAUCCAACAACAACAGCAGCAGGGAGCGCCACAACAACCGCAAGGACAGAGAUUCAUCCCUCCCCCAGCUGGAGGACCGCCCCCAAGGAUGGAUCCCAGAUUGGGAGGAAACCCUAAUGCGCCACCCCCAAUGCCACCUCAACCACUCAACCGUCCUCCACCUCCUCAGCCACCCAUGGCAGGAGGACCACCCGCACCCCCUACAGCACCCAAGGCACCCGGGAUCAGCUCUGCAGACGCCAUCUCGGCCGUCUUGGCCACCAUGACUCCUCAGAAUGUGUUUGAUCUGAUCUCGUCCAUGAAGGUCUUGGGAGCAAGUGAGCCAGAACGCGCCAAGGCUGUAUUGAACGAUAACCCACAGCUCUCCUACGCCCUCUUCCAGGCCCUUUUGAUGAUGAAUCUCGUCGAGCCUAGCUCAUUACAGAGGAUGUUUGGACCUGCUGCGGCUGCUGCACCCAACAUGCCAACACCACCUCAACAGCACAUGCCACCCGUACCACCUUCACAUCCCGGCAUGGUGCCCCCUCCUCAACCACCACACCUCCAACAACAACAGCAACAGCAACAGCCUCCUCAGUUUGCACCACAAGGAUAUCCCGGCAUGCCACAGCCUCCACAGCUUCCUCAACCCCAGCCCCCACAACCUGCAGCCCCCACUUCUCUCGAGCAACAAAAGGCAUUGAUCGAUCAAGUGUUGGCACUGACACCAGCGGAUAUCGCGUCCUUGCCCGAGGAUCAGCGCGCCAACAUCAUCCAGUUCAGGGAGCAACUCAUGCGUGGGGGUGCCGUUUAG